UGUUUAUGGCAUUAGGAGAUUCACGAAAAUUUUUAGACAGUGCCUCGAGAUACUUGUUGGCAUGCUGGAUUUAAAGUGGCGCGCGCGACGAAAUCAUUUUUAACAGUUGGCAGGACUGUUCGGAAAAUUCGGAAAGUGAACAGGUGUUUUUUGAAUGGAUUAGGGAGAGUAGACGACGAGGACGCAAAAGGAUUUGCGAAUGGUGAAAGAUCGACGAACGGCGCGAUAUUUGUGAUUAAACAACGGUUUUAAAAAUGCAUUGGGAUUCAUGCUCGGAUUUAAACUGUUACGGAAAAUGAGGUACAAACGGGGGACGCAAUUAUGACGUGCACAGAUGACAAGGAUAGGACACGGGCGACCUAGUGAUUCUGUGGUUCGAUAGAGGGAAUAGAAACGGAAGUUAAAUAUGCCACACCAGUUUGGAUUGCCCACGAUGGCGCAUGGAAUGCAAUCACCUCCUUCGCCGACCUCGGUAAUGUCGGUUUAUCCUCGUUUCGGAUCCGGCGUGUACAGACCGGACCACCAGGACCAGAGAUUAACGCGCGAGGCGAUGGAGCGUUAUUUGCGCGACAGAAGCGACAUGGUGAUCGUGAUCCUUCACGCGAAAGUCGCCCAGAAGUCGUACGGGAACGAGAAACGGUUCUUCUGUCCGCCGCCGUGUAUCUAUUUGUUCGGGGACGGCUGGAGGAUGCGACAGGAACAGAUGCUUCGCGAGGGGGAGACCGAGCAAUCGGCGCAGCUAUGCGCGUUCAUCGGAAUCGGUAAUUCCGACCAGGACAUGCAGCAAUUGGAUUUGAACAAUGGCAAACAGUAUUGCGCCGCGAAGACAUUGUACAUUUCCGACUCUGACAAGAGGAAGCACUUUAUGCUCUCGGUGAAAAUGUUCUACGGUAGCGGACACGAUAUAGGGGUAUUUCACAGUAAACGGAUCAAAGUGAUCUCGAAACCGUCGAAGAAGAAGCAAUCGUUAAAGAACGCCGAUCUGUGUAUCGCGAGCGGGACGAAGGUGGCGUUGUUCAAUCGUUUGAGAUCGCAGACGGUGAGCACGCGGUAUCUUCACGUGGAGAACGGUAAUUUCCACGCGAGUUCGACCCAAUGGGGCGCGUUCACGAUACAUCUGCUGGACGACAACGAGAGCGAGUCGGAGGAGUUUCAAGUUCGGGACGGGUACGUGCAUUACGGGAGCACGGUGAAGUUGGUAUGCUCGGUGACCGGAAUGGCUCUGCCGCGUUUAGUGAUUCGCAAGGUCGACAAGCAGAUGGCGAGCUUAGAGGCGGACGAUCCCGUUUCGCAGUUACACAAAUGCGCGUUCUAUAUGAAGGACACGGAUCACAUGUACCUCUGUUUGUCGCAGGAACGCAUAAUACAAUUCCAGGCGACACCGUGCCCGAAGGAGGCGAAUAAAGAGAUGAUAAACGACGGCGCCUGCUGGACGAUAAUCAGCACCGACAAGGCUGAGUAUCAGUUCUUCGAGGGUAUGGGACCGGUUAGAUCGCCGGUAACGCCGGUUCCCCUGGUGCACAGUUUGCAUUUGAACGGCGGCGGUGACGUGGCGAUGCUCGAAUUAACCGGCGAUAAUUUCACCCCGAAUCUUCAGGUAUGGUUCGGCGACGUAGAGGCCGAGACCAUGUACAGAUGUCAGGAGAGUAUGCUUUGCGUGGUACCCGAUAUAUCGCAGUUUCGUGGCGAGUGGCUCUGGGUCAGGCAACCGACUCAGGUACCCGUCUCGUUGGUUCGUAACGACGGUAUCAUUUACGCGACCGGUUUGACCUUUACCUAUACACCGGAGCCAGGACCACGGCCCCAUUGUCCACCCGCGGACGAGAUCAUGAGAGCUCCGCGUUCCAUGCACAAUCAGGCCAGUAUGCCGCCCGCGAUCGCGGACGUACCGUGGAAUACGCAUCAACCGCCUCAGCCGGGUCUCUGAUGUUUCCUAGACAAUUACACUGUGCAUCACCAAAGUUUACGGCCCAGUGAAACGAACGCCGUCCGUCGGACCGACGACGAUAACAACAACGACAACCACAGCACCGACAACGAGGACGUUCCGGUCUCUGUCGAUAACGAGCCGACGAACGUGAACGGUACCGGGACGGCGGCAUUCACAGCGAAAGACUUGUUGCUACGGGUCGAUCGUGCGGCGACGCGUUUAGACAAUACCAAGAUGACGUAGCAUACUUUUCGUCGCGUCCAUUUUAAUCCCCCUAUCGCGGAAACGUACCCUAUUCAAGUAGCACAUGACGCCUAAUGACGCCUUUUCAAUACGGCUUAAUGGCGCCAUAGACCUAAAGUAGCCGUAAAAUGGACGUCUUCAAGGCGUCAUGCGGUAUCUGGAUAUCCGGAUCCGAAGUUCGAGGUACCGCGCUUGAAACAGAAGCUCCAAAUUCCAUAUUUCGUGUACAGUGUGCCGUGUGUCCUUUACCCCUGAUGUUCAUACCGCAAUCCUACCCGUAGGUUCUUUAGCUUUAAGUGUUGAUACAGAUUUACACAGAAACAGAGUGAGUGAGUGAAAGAGAGAGUGAGAGUAAGAAAAUAAUAAUUUAUAGCACUAUUAGGAUUAAAGAAGCUUUCUACGAAACGUGAAUGUUUUUUAGCUAAUUGCGCGACGCAAUAACCAGAGAAGACGAGAAACGCGGCGUCGGGACCCUCGAAUUUUAACGGCUCAGUCCGUGCACCGUUGCAUAUCGAUGAUCGCUAAAAAUAAGUUGAUAUCUCACGUCGAUUACUUGCAUUCGUUCGGGAACGAUACGUCAAGGUUGUCGGGAAAAUCAUUUUUAUCUUCGACUCGACUGCGAUACCGGAAGUGUCGCGAGUAGCGUGCGAAACGAUUAAAACGCGUAUACGUGUACCGUUUACUUUCUCGCGCGUUUUUAUUUGGAUCCAAUUUUGUACAGUUGUACCAUAGACGAGGUAUAGGAGUAGACAUUUCAUCGAAUGUAUUUUUUC